UGAUGACGUCAUCGAUGCUUCGUCGUGCGCAUCCGGCUGCUAAGCUAACACCUGUCAGUCGAAGUUGAUUUGGCUGCCCCCCUCAACAACCCCUGCUGAAGCAGGAGUUCCACCGAGGCGCUAAAAAGGGUCUAAGCCAAGGCUUAAAGAUGGUCUGAUGGACCGCCGCUUUUUCCUGACCCUCCUCUUCUGUUCUGCGUUGUGGAUCUUCUUCUGGGAAGUGCGCUGGAAGAGAGGCAAGGAAAGUCAGCUUGAGGAAUGGCUGCAGGGACACCGCCUCUCGCAGUACAAGAGUUUAUUUGAAGAUGUCCAGACACUGGAGGAACUGAGUCUGAGUAUACUGAGUCGUCUGGAGGAGGUGGUGAAGGAACAGCAGCGCUGGAGGGAGAUCGCUGAGGCGCACAUCCAGCUGCUCCGUGACUUUGCCUUCCAGGAGUGGCUCUGCUCCCAGAACCUGGAGCACUACUACCACACAUUGAAGACGCUCGGCUGCAUGAACCUGGAUGAUCUGUCCCAGCUAGACAGUCAGCUGCAGCUCUCGCUAGCUGCCUGGGGUUACUACUACGAAGACUACAUCAAACUCUCCACCGGCAUCAAGGUCCUCCAGGCGUCACGCAGAAGCCGGGACCAGGACUACGAGAUCCGGCUGGUUCACAGUCUUGCAGAGCGGCGUCUGAAUGAGAAGUGGUCAUUCGGUGGAGCGCUGAUAUUUGGCUGUAGUGUGGCACUGUGCUUUUUAACAAGGGACCUCAUGUUUUACGUUAUUGGUGGAAUUACUGUUUCCAUCAUAGCGUUUGUCUUCACCAUCAAGUUCCUCUGCGAGCUCGCAGCCAGGGUGGUCAGCUUCCUCCAGAAUGAGGACCCAGGGCGCCGCGGCGACCGCAGCAUCUACGAUUAUGUGCGGGGGAAUUACCUGGACCCUCGCUCCUGCAAGGUGUCCUGGGAUUGGAAGGAGCCGCAGGAGGUGGGGCAGACCAUGAGCUUCAGAGUUCAGCUCUUCUAUAAGAACGGUCAGCCCUUCCCAGCGCACCGGCCGGUAGGACUGAGGGUCAACAUUACCCAUAUUGAACUGGCUCUGGACAUCCCGGUCACCCAGGAGGUUUUACAGGACCAGGAGUCCAAUGUGGUGAAAGUGGCUUUCACUGUGCGCAAAGCUGGACGCUACGAAGUCGCCGUCAAACUGGGCGGCCUCAACGUGGCCUACAGCCCUUAUUAUAAAAUCUUCCAGCCUGGUACAGUCGUCCCAUCCAAGACCAAGAUCGCCUACCAUUUUUCCACGCUGGUGCUGACUAACGGACAGCAGCACACCCUGCAGAUCGAGCCGCGGGACGAGUACGGAAACCCCACCAGUAACUCAACAUCACUCACAGAUGAAGCUAACUACAGCGUCAACGUGCACUCUCUGGGAACCGUGGAGGACGACAGCCUGGAGGGUCAGUUCAGCAAGUCAGUCACGCUCAACAAGCCCCAGUGCCAGGUCCUGCUGAGGUUGACCUUGAGGAGAACCGGCUGUUUCCGUACCCGCAUCACCUACAAAGACCAGCCGCUCAGCAACGGAGAGUUUGAUAUUAUUGUUCUCAGUGAGAAUGAGAAGGUGUGUGUGGAGAAGAACGUGUCCACUCAGGGGAACAGCAUCUACUUCGAGGCGUACCUGUACAGCAGCGGGAACUACUGCAGCUCCUCCUGGCAGUUCCCUGCCUCCUCACUGCUGGCACCCCAGAGGAGGCCCUCCAUGGGGGAGGAGGAGGAUGAGCAUGACUCUCCUGUGGAGGGGCAACCAGAGAAAGUCAAGAAACCAAAAAAGGUCUACUGUUACAUAUCGCCAAAGCAACUCUCUGUGAAGGAAUUCUACCUGAAGAUUAUUCCAUGGCGCCUUUUCACCUUCCGAGUCUGUCCUGGAACAAAAUUCACCUAUCACGGACCUGACCCUGUCCACAAGUACCUGACCCUCGUGGUGGACGACGGCAUUCAGCCCCCGGUGGAGCUCAGCUGCAAAGACCGGAACAUCAUGGCGGCGACCUUCAUCCGCUUCCUGCACAAAAACAUCGGCGGCUCUGAGACCUUCCAGGACAAAGUGAACUUCUUUCAACGUGAGCUCAGGCAAAUCCACUCGAAGAAACCUCGCACCAAGACCUGCCUCAAAAUCGCUCGCCACUCAAUCCUCGACUCGUCCCUAAAGGCAACACGAAACUUCUCAGUGUCUGACUGGAGCAAGAACUUUGAGGUGGUCUUCCAGGAUGAAGAAGCUCUGGACUGGGGCGGCCCGCGCCGGGAGUGGUUCGAGCUCAUUUGCAAGACCCUGUUUGACACCUCCAACCAGCUCUUCACCCGCUUCACUGACAAUAACCAGGGACUGGUGCAUCCGAACGCAGAGAGGCCGCAGCACCUGCGCCUGAAGAUGUACGAGUUUGCCGGUCGGGUCGUUGGGAAGUGCCUGUACGAGUCGGCGCUGGGCGGAGCCUACAAGCAGCUGGUCCGGGCUCGAUUCACUCGCUCCUUCUUGGCUCAAAUCAUCGGACUGAGGAUGAACUACAAGUAUUUCGAGACGGACGACCAGGAGUUCUACAAAACCAAAGUGUGUUUCAUUCUGAACAACGACGUGAGUGAGAUGGACCUGGUGUUUGCUGAGGAGAAGUACAGCAAGUCGGGCCAGCUGGAGAAGGUGGUGGAGCUCAUCUCGGGCGGCGCUCAGAUCGCGGUAACCAACGAAAACAAGAUGCAUUACCUCAACCUGCUGGCUCAGUACCGACUGGCCAGCCAGGUGAGGGAUGAGGUGGAGCACUUCCUGAAAGGUCUGAAUGAGCUGGUGCCGGAGAACCUCUUAGCCAUAUUCGACGAGAACGAGCUGGAGCUGUUGAUGUGCGGCACUGGAGAUAUAAACGUGCAGGACUUCAAGGCACACGCUGUGAUCGUCGGAGGAUCCUGGCACUUCAGAGAGAAGGUGAUGAAGUGGUUCUGGGCGGUCGUGUCCAGCUUCACGCAGGAGGAGCUGGCUCGUCUCCUGCAGUUCACCACCGGCUCCUCCCAGCUCCCCCCAGGAGGCUUCAACACCCUCUGCCCCUCGUUCCAGAUCAUCGCCGCCCCGACUCAGAGCACCCUGCCCACCGCACACACCUGUUUCAACCAGCUGUGCCUCCCAACCUACGACUCCUACGAGGAGCUGCACAAGAUGCUGAAGCUGGCCAUCAGCGAGGGCAGCGAAGGCUUCGGCAUGCUCUGACCCCACUGUGGACCCCGCUCACCCAGCCCUCUUUGAUAACAAGUGAGAUUCUCCCAUGAGACCGAGGCGUGUAAAUAGAUCUGCUUCUGUAAAUACGACACCGCUAACUGUAACAGUCAGGCUAACGUAGUUUCCUAUGUCUGGAGCGACGCAGGCCUCGAGUAUUAAUGUGUAAAUCUGCUUUUUCCGCGACCUGAGGAACACUUAAGUGCAACGGCGCUCUGCAUGGGAUGUGGGCGGCGUUGGCACCUGCAGCACUUUUGGCCUUAACUGAUCAGGGACGGGUGUGUCUGACUAGUGCAUCACUCCUUUAUUUGGACUCCUGUACAUACUAGCGUUCGAACAUAAGGGAUUAUACGUUUCCUAACUUAUUCUGUAAAUAGUUUCGGGAGCAGCGAAUGUUUUUUUUAACUUGCCUUAUCGACGCCCUCUGCCUCUGAUUGUAUCCAGAGAAAUGGUUUGUUACUCACGUGCCUGCUGUGCGCAGGGCGGCUGGAGGUGUCGGGUGGAUGCGCUAGACCUCAGAUUCUCAUUCCACCUAUGCAUCCAUCCUUCACGCGCUCGGUGAAACACACACUCAUUCCAGUGCGGACUGAAGCAACCGUAGCCAUACUGUCUCACAUCGACAACACACUUCUUUUUAUUGGAUUCUCUGCUGGUCCAGACUCAAGUCAAAAUAUAUAUUAUAUGUAACAAUAUAGUAUUAUUAUAUAUAAUAUAUGGCUGUCUGUUUUCCUUCUGUCCUGCUCAAGGGCAUUAAACCGUUCAGUUUUAGCAACAACUCUUUAAAAUCUUCAGCUUUCGACUUUAUCAAGUGGUUUUUGGUGUUUGUUUGGGUCGUGCAAUCCAGGGUUUAUGUUUGGAAGUAAAAGGGUUGAGAUGUUCUGAUGGCUGAAUCACCACACGUGUCUGUGAAACACACAUGAAGGAACGCAUUUCUGUUCGACUCCUCAUCAUCUGUUUAGUUCUAGGUUAGUGAGCCGGUCUUUUAGCUAGCGUUGAUACGGUGUUACGAUUGACUUUAAAGCUGGAGGUGUUUCUUUUUUAUUAUUUUUUAAAAUGCUGAUGAUGAAUGUUUGAGAUUCUCAGCUUUGCAGGUCCUUUGUUUAUGGAAAUAAAAAAG